UGGCUUUCUUUCUUCCUUUCAAGUCAAAACAAUAUUCCCAAUCGAACAUAUCAAGUCUUAGUACGAGAUUGAUAUUGAUAAGGACGACGCGAUUUUUGAGGAAGGAAUAUUUUUAAUUCUAGAGUUACAUUCGAGAAAACGGAAUCAAAUCGCAAGAACAAUUGACGCCCCAUCGAAUUUGAAUCCAGAACGAAUCUACGCGCGACAACUCUCCAUCCUCAAACUCUGUCAAAUCUUCUCCCCUUAAAAUGGCAGCACCAGCCCCUACCUCUCGCUCGCGCGCCCCUCCAGCAGGUGACGAAGAAGCCUCUACCGUUCUCAAACUCGGAGAAUUUCAAGACGUAGAUGCGCUCACUCAUUCGGAAGCAGCACUUGUUAUCAACGCGCUUGUCGCAAAACGUCGCGGUGAUCGCAAAAAUGUAAAUGAGACGGAGAUUUUAAGUAAGACGCAGGAAUAUCUGGAUCAUUUUGCGAGGUUUAAGAGGAAGGAGAAUGUGGAAGCUGUGGAAAGACUUUUGGGGAGUAGAAGUGAGUUGGCGAAAUUUGAGAGGGCACAAUUGGGUAGGUUCAGUUCUCUUAUUUUGGUUUGCCUGGAUUGGGUGCUUGGGGUCUUGAGAGAUAAGAGGAGUCAGUUCAUGGGUUAUCAGGAAUUGAACGAUUGAGAUAGUUGCGCAAAGCAAUACUAACAUGAGUUAAAGGUUCAUUAUGUUGUGAUACAGCCGAUGAAGCCAAAACUUUAAUACCCAGUUUACAAGAUAAAAUCAGUGAUGAUGAUUUAACGGAGUUAUUGGAUGAAAUUACAAAGUUGAUGGGGUUUACGAAUUAAGAGGGUUUCGAUUGUUGAAUUCGCAUCGAAUCAGUAUAUACUUGAUGACCGACGACAGCGGAAGAUCAAAGAGCAUCCGCAUGGAUGACGCAAGAAACGGACCAAGGCUGUUUACCUAUCAUCACUGAUAGGUAGACAGUCAUCAUGGAGAAAACUUGGAGAAAAGCAUGGAGCAGGUAAAAUGCAUGGGCGUUGGCAAUGAUUUCACUUCUUUUGUAAGAUGAUACUUAUGGAAAAGGCAUUGUUGUGGCGUUUCUUUUUUCAGUCAUCUAUCGUGGGAGAACAUAAGUCAUGGAUGAGAGGAGGAUGUAAUGAAAGGAUGAAGGAAAAGGAAACACAGAAGGAAGCUGGAUGGAUGUAACGAUGAAGAGAUAUAAGAGGGACGUGAGAUGAUGGCUUGGAUACAGAUAUACACUAUGUGUAUAUUCCCAUUUUCUCUGGCUUUUAGGCCCUGAUGUAAAGGAAUAAGAAUAGGAAGCAAAAGCAAAGGACAUAAUAAAAUAAGGAUAAACCAUCUCACUAUCAUAGUUCUCAUAAGACAG